AUGAUGAAGACUGGAAGCGGAAGCAGAGUGGACCUGGAGAGCUUGAAGGCCUUGGUGACCCAGCCGGGGAAGCCCAUCGUCAUCGACAGGGUGGCCAAGGAGGGAUCGGCCAAGCUGCUCCCGGGAGUUGGAGCCGCUCUGAUGGCGAACCUGGGUACAAUCAACACAGGAAUGGCAUUUGGGUUUUCUGCAGUAGCUAUACCUCAACUGGAGGCCCCUGAUAGUCUUAUUCCCAUUGACAAAGACCAAGCUUCCUGGGUUGCUAGCUUGGCAGCAGUUACAACGCCUAUAGGAUGUAUUCUCUCUGGCUGGAUGAUGGAUGGAAUUGGAAGGAAGAAGAGCCUCAUCGUGACCCAAAUCCCAACUAUCAUUGGAUGGCUGCUAAUUGCUUAUGCUGAUUCUCUCGCAAUGAUCUACGCAGGCAGGCUUCUCGUUGGCCUGGGCUCCGGGAUGGUCGGUGCUCCAGCUAGGGUAUACACUGCAGAAGCAACACAACCACACCUAAGAGGAAUGUUAGCUGCCAUGGCAUCUGUUGGUGUCUCUUUAGGUGUGCUGAUAGAAUACGGGGUGGGUGCAGUCUUUGAUUGGAAAAGGGUCGCUCUCAUAAGUAGUACUGUUCCAGCAAUAUCAUUAAUUGGCUGCUUCUUGAUACCCGAGUCCCCUCAGUGGCUAGUUUCUGUCGGGAAGGAAGCUAAAGGACGUGCUGCACUCUCUAAGCUGCGAGGACCAACCUGCGAUAUUGACUAUGAAGCAAAUCAGAUGAUCAACUUUGCCCUAAAGAACAACCUGCAUAAGCCUUCGACGGAAGAAAUACUUCGAGGACUGAUUCAACCAGCGGCUCUCAAACCUUUCUUCAUUCUGACAUUAUACUUCCUCAUUUACCAGUUUUCCGGAGUAAACUCUGUCACCUUCUAUGCUGUUGAAGUGUUUCAAGACUCUGGUGCAACAUGGGACAAAUACUUUGCGACUGUGAUGCUCGGGGUAGUGAGGCUAGUCAUAACCUUAUUUUCUUGUGUUGGAUGUGGUGUAUCACUGAUUACUCUUGGUGGUUACAUGUGGAUGGGUGAUAAGUGGGCAAAGGAAGGAAUAGAACCAAUAGCUACGUGGAUUCCUAUUUUUGCUAUAUUUUUGUUUACUGCCGCAUCCGUACUUGGUUACCUAGUGGUACCCUGGGUCAUGGUUGGAGAAGUCUAUCCAACACAGGUAAGAGGAAUCAUUGGAGGAUUGACAACAUGCGGAUGCCAUUUCUUCAUAUUUCUUGUGGUUAAAUCCUACCCACUUUUCCAAUCUCUAUUCACCAAGCACGGAACAUGGAUCUUGUAUGGGUGUAUCUCAUCGUUUGGAACAAUAUUCUUCUACUUCUUCCUUCCCGAAACAAAAGGCAGAACUCUACAGGAAAUCGAAGACUACUUCUCAGGAAGGAGAAAGAACCUUGGAAAACCAAAUCCUCCUAGUCAAAAUCCAUCAUUCAUUCAAAUUCAAAAAGGAAAUGUUCUACCGUAAACAUUUGUGUUUCACGAGCAUUACUAAAUAAUUUAUUUUUAAUAUAAAAAGUGGAUAUACUUAUUCAACAUUCAAAAAGUCCACUUUAAAGAAUUGAUUGAGUUUGCAGAUGUUCAGAUCUCAUUAAGAUGAUGGUUACUUUACUAAAGUUAUACUUAAGAAAUGUGAUAGGAAUAAGGAAAAAAUACUUAAAAAGUAUCGCGACCUAUAUGUUUCCUAGUAUUUUUCUUUAAAUAUGUAUUGAAUCUAUGUGAUUUAUUUUUGUAUAUAUAUGAUAUUUAGUAUUAUAAUUGAUGGAAAGUGAUACGAAAGUAGAGACAGUAUGAUUUUUUCAUAGUACUUAAGGAAAAGUGCCUUCCCAGUGCAUCUACAGUGUUCUCAGCACGAUAGUAUUAGGUAGAUCAAAGAUUUAGGAAAGACUGAUCAUAGCAUAAGCAUGAUAAUGUUAAUAUUACGAAAUUCUACUUGUAUAUAUAGAUAUAUGUUGAAUGAAACCUAUGUGUAUAAAUUUUUUUUUACAAAUUUAAUAAAUUAUAUAUCUUUAAAAUAUAGAAUAAAUGGUGUAAAAUAUUAUUUUAAAAACUGAUUACCCCCAAUCUUAUAUUCAAAAACCCAAAAGUAUAACAUAGACCUACAGAUGAACAUGCAAUAUGUAAUGAUGAAAUUGUAUAUUUAAAAAGCCCAUUAUUUCUGUAAAUUUUAAUAACAUUUAUAGAUAUUUUAUAAUUAAUAACCCUAGGCUGUAUAAUGUACUAAUAUAAUUUAAUUAAAAUAAUAAAAUUAUAUUAAAAAGAAUUAAAGAUUUAAAUAAUAAUAAAUAUUAUUAUUUUAAUAAUUACAUUAUGUCUUAAUGGCAACAGUAUUGUGUCGAAGUUAUUUAGUAUAUUAAUUCUUUUCUGUAAUAUUCAGUCUUGUAGUUUGGCUAAUAUAAAAAUAAAACUUUUAAAUUAAUAAAAAUCACAAUCCAACGGUAACUGUGUCAAGUAAAAUUCCGACUUUGUUAUACUUGAACACUUUUUCAAAAUUAAUUCUUGAACAUCAUCUGUCUUUCCUAUUUUAUUUAUUUCUCAUUUUACAUGAUCCCCAUCAACAUUUCAAGUUUUAUCUGAUCUUCAAAAUAAUUAACUAAUCCAACUAUUCAUCAUUCUCUUUUUUUUUUAAAUAUUGGUGCGGAAAUAAUUCAUAUUUGAUUCAAAAUAAAAAUUUAACACCAAAAUGACAAUGAGAAUGAUGAAUCGCUGGCAAUGUUAUACAUUCUGAAAAAAAGCUGAACUAGAAAUGCUAAUCUUGUGAAAAAUGAAAAAUAAAUAAUUUUGGGAAAGGAACAUUGCGUACAAAUAUGAAUUAUAAAUAUAGUAAGAAUAUAACAAGAGCUAACGCAUGUGCUCAGCACUUGCCCGGCAACCUGAUUAAUGAUAUUAACUGAUAAAGUAAGUACGAGUUCGCGUCCUGGUGCCCAGGGGAUUAUAACCCUGGCAUUAUUCCACCGCCCUUACCCUCUGGCCUGGAAAACCCUCCCCCCUCCUUCCCCUCUCCCAUAUAGCCUAAAAAAAACGAGACAGGAGAGGACAAAAUAAUAAAUAUAAAUAUAAAUAUAUAUAUUAUAUAUUAUAUAUAAUAAAUCUUAUAAAAUAAUCAGACAAU